UACAAACUUGAUUUCUUGUCUGUCCUUGAUACAUGGGCUUUGGAUCCACAAAUAAACACAUAUACAUAAUUUGUUUAAUAUACAUAAAGCGAAAAGAAAAGUCAAAUGAAAAACAAAAAUAAUGAUAAAAAAUUUAAAAAAGCAGUCCUAUUCAAAUAACAAAAUUUUGGGCAAAUCUUAACAGUGUUAAAAUAAUUUAUAUUUUUAAUAUUUGUAUCAAAGGUGAUAAAGAUAAAGGCUGGGCGGAGAAAAUAUUAAAAAUUCAUCAUCUUAUUCAGCAUAUAAAAAUAGGAACAAUAAAAUUAUGUGCGAAAUUUCUUUAUCAACUAAAGAACAUUUUUAAUCGAUCCCAUAUUUUUUGUUAUGGUUUAAAAUGGUUCAAAAAUCAAAUCUUAUCGAAACUCAACAUUGAGAAAACAUAAAAAAAUAUUAUACAAACAUGGGCUCUUCAACUAAAAUGAAUUUUUCUACAUCAGAUAAUUUGAAUGUUGAUAAUCAUUUUUAUGACUUAGAUACAAUACUGCUUUUAUUCAAAUCCUCCAUAAUGAUAACCAUAAUUUUAGCGGCAAUUUUUGGAAAUUUAUUGGUGAUCAUUAGCGUCGUUAGAGUGAGAAAAUUGAGGAUAAUUACAAAUUAUUUUGUAGUAAGCUUGGCCUUGGCAGAUAUUGCGGUUGCGCUACUUGCCAUGUCUUUUAAUUUUUCCGUUCAAAUUACUGGCAGGUGGCUCCUAAAUCAUUUUAUGUGCGAUGUUUGGAACUCUUUAGAUGUCUAUUUUUCUACUGCAAGCAUUUUGCACUUAUGUUGUAUAUCAGUGGACAGGUAUUAUGCAAUAGUAAAGCCGUUAAAAUAUCCUUUAAAUAUGACAAAACGCGUAGCUGCUGUAAUGAUAUUACUUUCAUGGUUAUUUCCUGCCUUAUUAUCCUUUGUUCCUAUAUUUGGUGGUUGGUACACAACAAAGGAAAAUAUAGAAUUUUCUAUUUUACAUCCUGAUAAAUGUGUUUUCAUCGUCAACAAACUUUAUGCUGUAAUUUCUAGCUCCAUUAGUUUUUGGAUACCUUGUACAAUAAUGUUAUUUACGUAUUUCCAAAUAUUUCGAGAAGCAAAUAAACAAGAAAAACAAAUGGCAAACAGACAAAGUACAGCGAUGCUGAUGCACAGACAUUCUUCGGCUAUUGAAGACACAGAAAAUGCACAGGAUUCUCUUCAAGUUGCAAAUCAGGAAACAGACAACGAUCGUACUCCCUGCAAAGACAAACAUUUGAAAAUGCGUCGGGAACACAAGGCUGCUAGAACACUUGGCAUUAUUAUGGGAACCUUUAUACUAUGUUGGCUGCCCUUCUUUCUUUGGUACUUAAUAUCAUCUCUUUGUGGUCCUGAAGUGUGUCCUACUCCAGAUGCCGUCAUUGCACUUUUAUUUUGGAUUGGUUACUCAAAUUCGACUCUAAAUCCAAUUAUUUACGCAUAUUUUAAUCGUGAUUUUAGAGAAGCCUUCAAAAAUACAUUAGAAUGCAUAUUUUGUGCGUGUAGAAAACAUCAAAGUUCCUUUGACUUUGAUAGACAAGGUAAUCAAUUUCGUAGUAGAAAACCGAGCCAACCACAUAAAUUUCCAUCAUGAUGUGGAAUGCAUAAUAUCAAUAGGGUAUUUAAUUUAAGAUUAAUUUCUUUAGUUUUAAAAAUUGCUUAAAAUACUGCUGAAAAAUUUGCGUGAAAAAAUAUUUUGCUGACUAUUAAUUUUUGCAUUUGGACUAAGAAGUAUAAGAAGAAAAAAAUACGAGAUAAAAACUUUUUAAUACUUCUUAAAAUUUUAAAGCCAAACUUUUGGAUAUUAUUGGAAAGUUAAAAAGACACUUAUAAUUGUCAAACAAUAUUAUUUUAUAAAAUGAUUAUUCGAAACAGCGACUAA